AGGAGGAGAAGGAGGAAGAGCGGGCGGACAUUUCGUGGCGGCUCCGCCCGGCGGGGCGGGACGAGCCGGGGCAGCCAUGGCGGAGCGGGGCCGAGGGCAGAGUCCGAGCGCCAUGGAGGACCUGCUGGACAUGGAGAACAAGCGGAUGGCCGACAGCCUGGCCAGCAAGGUCACCAGGCUGAAGUCGCUGGCUCUGGAUAUUGACAAGGAUGCUGAGGAACAGAACCGCUACCUGGAUGGCAUGGACUCGGAUUUCCUGAGCGUGACAGGGCUGCUGACGGGCAGCGUGAAGCGCUUCUCGGGCAUGGCGCGCUCCGGCCGCGACAACCGCCGGCUGCUCCUGGCCGUGUCCGUGGCCCUCGUCCUCAUCUUCUUCAUCCUCUACUACCUGGUGUCCCAGGCAGGGACCUGAGCCCGGCCUGGGACGUGCCACAGGCCACACCCCACCGUCCACAGACCUGCCCACACGUUUUCCAGAGGAGCCUCCAGCCACACCUCCACCUUCCCAGUGAUUUUCCUCCCUCGUUGCUCCAGCUGGGCCCAGACAGCUCUUCCAAAACAAGUUUGGCUCCAAAGGGAUCUUCGUGUCUAACGGGAUUUUGGGGUCAUGGCUUGCCUGUGACCUCCUGCCUUGUCCACAUCCCGUGGGCUGUUCCUAAGGGCCACUUCCACAUCACUUCCUUCCAUGAAACCCAGGAACUAACAAAUCCAGGGACUUGUGGAUACUCCAUAAGCCAGCUGAGCUCUGCGAGCUGUAGAAUUUAGGAUGCUGACUUACGGGAUUUGGGAGUACCAGUGUGUGACUGACAUUCCGUGUGGCCACUCUCCAUUUCCCUGGGCUGAAAUGAAACCUGUGCUGUGCUGCUUUCGGGUGGAAUUGGCAUUGGAUCUGGGCCUGGAUACUCUCAGAUUGUGGCAGGGAAGAGAUGCAGGGGAGCAGGACUUUCAUUAAAUCCUGGCUUGGUUUUCUUCAUCAUCCUUGUGGGCAAACUGGGCUGGACCCUGUGGGAAGGGAGGGCCACAGUCCAUAACCACAGGGAUUUGCACUUGUGUGGAACCUUCCAGAACCUUCCCACACAUGUGCAAAUUUGGUUACUAAAUCAGGGUAAAGAAAUCCGGUGGCAGAAGGUCCAGUUAAUUGUGGUUACUGUGCCACCCUGGUUUUAGAGCACUUUGUGGACAUGUAGUGCCAAUAAAACAAGAGGUUGAGGUGAAGUGGAAUUCCCCUCUCAGUGCUGUCAGGAGUGGGGGGGAAAUCAAGGAGGGAUUUGCUGAUUUGUUUAUGCAUUUAGAAGGUACAAAAGGAACCCCUGCCUUGCUUAUUUCCUUCUCUCUUCCUGUAACAGCCAGGGCUCAGCCAUUCCUCCUCCUCUGAUUUAGACUCUCCAGCAAACCCUCUUCCUGGAUGGAUGGCUGGGUGUUCCUUUGCUUUCUCCCUGUUCCCACUGGGAAUUCCUUUGCCCUUGGCCUGACUGGGGUCCGCAGCUAUGAAGGGAAUGUUGUCCCACGUACUAAACUGCUCACAAAACACACCCUGGCUGGAUUAGGUGUGCUCUUUUCCAUGUUUGGGAAAAAACGUGCAGGAAAGGCAAGGAGCAAGGAGGCAGCAGGAACUUCCUCUGGCUCUUCCUGCUUUCCUGGUGCAACGUGGCAGCUCUGGGCUCUUUCCUUUGGGAAGAAUCGAUGUCCUGUGAUUCCUGGAGUAGGUGACUCCCGAUGAAAGGAUCCUGGAGCAGCCCGGCCCUCACUCUGGCGGGGUUUCUUUUGCCUUUUCUGCUGUAAAUAAAGCCGAUUUUAGACCUUUUA